CGAGGAUUUUUUUGUUGUUGUUUCGAAGGCAUUGUUGUUGCCUCGUCGGUUGUGAAUCAAAAUAUUAACAAACAAGUGGCUCAACAUACCAAAAAACUAGAUAUAAGUGAUAAAAGAUAAGAGGAACUAAGCCCGAAUAAUACCCAUUAAGUAAACCGCGUGCAAAAUGGGCUGUGCGGAGAGCAAGGAUGGCGAGGGGGAGGCGCAAGACAAUAGGCCUAAAUACCGGUCCUGCACGGACACCUGCUGGCUGGCCAUUUACAUUAUAUUCUGGCUAUUUUUGAUCGUGAUAGCCAUCUUUUCGUUUGUCUAUGGCAAUCCCUUGCGCAUCAUCAAUGGCUACGAUUCCUUUGGCAACACCUGUGGCGUCAAGCACAAUGAAAAGUUCCAGGGAUUCCCGCUGUCCGGCAUGAACACCCUCGAUAAGCCAGAGCUCUUCUACUUCGAUGUGAAGGAGCUGAAAAAGUCCUUGAAAAUAUGUGUCAAGUCCUGUCCCGCCAAAACCAUGACAAAGGGCAGUGAGCUACUCGAAUACUACACCCAAACGGGCAGUCAGCUCUGCACAUAUGACUACAACAUGCAGCAAUUGAGUACGGCGGGAAAUGAUCAAAAGACCUUCAACUUCCUGGGUCCCUGUCCCACUUUUCCCGUUCACGAGAGCGCUCCUGUUCUGCAUCGCUGUGUGCCCAAGGGCACGGGUGAGAAGGUUCAGAACUACUACGAUAUGCUCAACAACUGGGAUGUGGCCCAGCAGUUCGUGGGCGACAUCUACUCCACCUGGCACAUCAUUGCCAUGGUCUGUGGACUGGCCUUGCUCAUAUCCAUUGCUCUGGUGACCAUGAUGCACUGGCUGUCUCGCAUCGUCUCCUGGAUCAUCUGCGUCCUGGUCAUAGUGGCCAGCGUGGCUCUAACUGUGGCUUUGUGGUAUGCCUACUAUAAUAUACGCUACAAAUCGGGAGUAAACACACAAUACACCCUGCUGGAGGAGUUUGUGCGCAAUCAGCAGGCGGUUUUAACCCUCGCUGUCUUGGCCACCAUAACUAUGAUAAUCCUCAUAGUGGUUAUAUACUUUUUGAAGAACAAACUGGCCGGCUUGUCGGCGCUUUUCGAGGAAGCAGGCCAGUGCAUGAUGAAUCUCCCUGGACUUUUGAUUGCCCCAUUGCUGGCCUUCCUUGUGCUCAUCGCCUUCUUGAGCUUCUGGGUGGGAGUGGUAAUCUGCCUGGCCACUGCCAGCUCUCCUGACCAGAGUCCCAUUGCUCCGUUCGACAACUCAAAGGCCCACAUGCAGCCCCUGCCGGCAAAUGCGCUAUUGGCUUCCAGCAACAACACAAAUCUGAGAACCAAUUUGCGUGUAGAAUAUGCCGAUGCUGGUGCCCUUCGCAGUAUGUUCUGGAUCUACGUGGUGGGUCUCAUAUGGACAGUGGAGUUUAUCUUUGCCUGCCAGCAGUUUGCAUUGGCCGCCGCUGUGGCCUUUUGGUACUUCCAAAAGCCCACAACAACACCCACGAUUUACGCCAUUGGCAAGUUGGUUAAGUAUCAUUUGGGUACAGUGGCCAAGGGAUCCUUUGUCAUUACCAUCUUUAAGAUUCCCCGCUUGAUACUCACGUAUUUGUAUGCCAAAUUGAAAAAGGGCGAGGACAAGGGUUCUGAGUGCGCCGCCUGCUGCUUGAAGUGCUGCAUUUGUGGCUUCUGGCUGCUGGAGAAGUUCAUUCGCUUCUUGAAUCACAAUGCCUACACUGUGGUGGCCAUUGAGUCCAUUAACUUUUGUCCCGCCGCUGGCAUUGCCUGGAAUGCCAUGGCCACGAAUGUUUUGCAAGUGGCCACCAUCAACAGCGUGGGCGACUUUAUCCUUUUCCUGGGAAAGGUUGUGGUGGCCGCUCUAUCCGGCCUAAUUGGUAUCGUUUUGCUCAAGGACAUGCCCGGUCUAAACUUUUACAUGGCCCCAGUUAUAAUCAUCAUUAUAUUCUCAUUCUUCAUUGCUCACAUCAUUCUAUCGCUGUUUGAGAUGGUGGUGGACACCCUGUUCCUUUGCGUCUGCGAGGAUAAGACCCUAAAUGGCCGUUCGGGUCGUUGGGCGCAGAGCAACCUGGCCAAGCUGGUGGGCGAGGAACCGCUGCAGCCUGGCGAGGAGCCGCCCAUCGAGGUCGUUCAGAUGAUGCCCAUCAACAAGCAGCCAUUCAGUAUUACCCGACUACCCCAAUCCGAUCCCGAGGUGGCUCCCAUGUCGGACGAGUAGAGUAGCUCUUAGAUGCUUUCGCUUUUGUAUUCCAGCAUCCCAGAAAAUCGCCCCCGAAA